CCUUCUUCUUCUCCCUCUCUCUCUCUCUCUCUCUCUCCCUCUCUCUCUCCCUCUGUCUCUCUGUUUCCCCCUCUACCCUCUCAAACAGACGGAUACUGCUACAAAUCUCCAUACAUGAGGAAGUUCCAUAGAACGAGCUGGAGCAGACACUGUACAUCGCCCUCCAUCUCUGUGCAGUCUGGUCUCUCCAGUCGGUGAAGAUGUAGCUUGUUUGAUCUCCAUGGAAAUGUCUCCAAACACAGUCUCCUCUGCCCUGUUGCUGUGGUCUCUGUGGUUGCUCCUCUCCCUUGCCCCUAUCAUCCAGACGACACUGUCCGCCCCGGCAUCCGGACCCUCCCUGCUGCUCAAUACCACACUGCUCUUCAACAGCGGAGCCCCAGGCUGUAAGUUGCAGAACUGCAGCUGCUCCACACCCGUGCAGGACUGUGACGAGGCUCUAGCCAUGCUGCUGUGCAAAUGCCACACUGUUUCGCGCUCCACUUUGCCCCGUACUGGACUCAGAUAUCCUGGACACCUCGUCGUGUGGGUGAAGGAUCUCUGGGUCCUGGAGGAGCUGCUGAACGGAAGCAUGGUCAGCCAUUUACACUUGUCUUUUUGUGGAAUGAAACCAUUGGACAGUCGAUAUCUGGCUUUGCUAGGUCUACAGACCCUCAGGGUCCACAGUGCAGCACCAGGAGUGCCUUACCCCAAUCAGGAAAUGAAUAUCCUUUCUGCAGGUGUUGCAGUGGAGUUAGAGGCCCGGUCCUUUGACUUCUCCUCCUUCAGUGUCACCAUCAUGGAUGUAGCAGUGCUCAAUGGGCUCUCCAGCAUAAAGGCUUACAGUGUUAUAGGACCACCUGCUUCAGUUUUCUCCCAGCACUUUCCCCACCUAACCAUUCCCCUGUCUCUUCUAUCCCCUUCUACACCUGCUGACCACAGUGAGCAGCCUGCAAAGCCUCUGCACAACCUGCUCAUUACAUUUGUUUAUUGACUAUCCACAGUCAGCUCUGCAGGACAAGUGAGAACUGACACACAUGGAUCUGAUAUGACACAGGGCGGGCUAUUUCUGGUAUUUCUUCUGUGGAGUUUACUGUGUGACUGGCUGCUAUGGUCUCAUUCUGUGGCUCAGUGCUGCAUAUUCAUUCGUUCAGUCAUUCAUUCAGUCAUUCAUUGUCUACUUUCGUCUUUAUCCUCCACAUGCAUUAGUCCAUAGCAGGGCCAACACAUGGACACGACCAACCAUUCACUCUCACAUUAACACCUGAAAUGUUCAAUAUCAGACCGUGACAAUGGUAAAGUUGGUUUACCAAUGAGAAAAGUCACAAUCACUGUGAGCUAAUCUGCUACUGUAUAAGACUAUACUUAGCUUGUGCUUAAUUUGCAUAAAUAUUUUUGACAAUUUUGUUUAUAUGUAAAACAGUAUGGUACAAACACAUACAGUAUAGAUAUAAGCAGCUCCUCGUAGCUGCUUAAAGGUACAGUAGACAGUUUUUGAUAAAUAAUUCAGUAAAACCUUUUAUUUCAAUGUCAACUAGGGCUGUCAUAAUAUACAUAUAAAUCAAACACAAAAGACAAUUUAAACACAUUUUCACUCAGUUAAAAUAGGACAUGGAUGGCAAAGUUAAAACAAAAUAAUUUAAGUUAGCAAGUUACUGCAUGUGAAUGUGUCUUCAUGUAUUGCUAACUUCAGUUCGAAUUAAGUUAAUUAAUUAACAUUUCAAGUAUUUGUACAUUAUGCUUUCAGUGUACAGUGUAGAGGGUAAAUGAGCUGUCCCAUACAUGAGCAUGCAUACAUGAAUGAAUCAAACUGUAAGAUUCCACUUUCUUUUAGCAGUGGUGACAUUAUGUUUUUGUAUGAUGAGUAUUAGGGCCAUACUGAAGAGGAAAACAAGUUAUUUAAGCUUUCAAGAAUAAAGUUUUCAAAAAAGUCGUAAUAUUGCAACUCCACCCACAUGACGUGAUGGCCCGAGUGGUCUAAGGUGACUUAAUGGUCUACCUUCCUCAUCAAAGGUACUUCUGGUUUCUGAAUGGAGGUGUGGGUUCAAAUCCCACUUCUGACAAUUCCCCCAGUGAUCAAUAAAUUCUGAUUCUGAAAUCAGUCUAUGGAGCCAUUAAUUGAAAUGCCAUAUGGAUUUAGCUUUUCAUAAGAAUGUAUAUGCCAUAAAGCACUGGGUCCUCUGUUUUUGUGAUCCACAAUUAUUAAUCUAACUGUUUCUUGAGAAACUACAAAAGCUCUUUGAACAUCACGCAGAUGUAACCAGCUACCAACUACCAGCAACUUCCUCCUCCACAAAGACAACAUGUCCUCAUGUUGUCGCAGGUUGCAGCUGAUUAUCUGAUAUUUUGCUUAAUAUUAAUAUUUUAUCAUAAUAUAAUGACUAUUUUUCUCUUUAUAUUAAGACUUUAUUCUCAAAACGUAUGGCCCUAAUGUGUAAUUGCUACUUUUGCAUACCCUGCCAUAUUGACUUUCUAUUUAUUUGCUAUUUCAAUAGAAUAAAUAAAAUAAUGAAUGGUUUGAAUUGCUUAGAUUAGCUCAGCAAAGUGUAUCGAGGGUGUAUUUCCUGUACUAUUAGCUGUCCACUUUUCAUUGGAUCACCCAAGAUGGAGAUCAGUGCCAGAUUUGAACAGGACCACAGUGAGGUCUAUCCAUCAGUGGUCAGGAUGUCCAGUAGAGUGUGGUGGUCAUACAACUGCACUGUCUUGAGAUUAUGUUAUAAUUCAGGGUUUCAUAUUGUCUUUGAGGAAGAGGACCAGAAAUACUCGGAGCAUCCUGACUGGCACCACCAGCUUUGUCACAUUCAACUUAAAUGUCACUCUUAUUCCUCAUUCUGAUGCUGAGUUUGAACUUCAGCGACUUCUGAGAGCUGCCAAGUGAUUGGCUGAUUAAAUACACAGUUGAACAGGUGAACCAGUACUGAUGCUGCGGGGACCCCAAUCUGUUUAAAAAUCAAGUCCCCAUAAUGAAAAUGAUUUCAUCUUUAAGUGAAAUUGAAUUUUCCAUUGGUGAGGUAUACAGCCAUUUCUUCUAAACUGGUUUAGCUUUGUGGAAAGGACAACAUUUUUACUGCAUAAUCUAAAAAAAAAAACAUGGCAGACAUUAAUUUUAAAAUUAUAUCUCAUUAUUUUGACUUAGCAUCUCAUAACUAUGAGAUAACAUCUCAAAAAUGAUGACUUAGUAUUUCAUUAUGAUGAACAUCCAUUUCCACCACAUGGAAAAAAUGCACACCCAAGUUAUAAUAUGUCAUAUUAUACAUCUCAUACAUCUCAUAUUUUGAGAUGCUAAGUCAUUAUUUUGAGAUAAUGUCUCAUAAUUAUGAGAAGCUAAGUCAUAAUAAUGAGAUACAAUCUUAAAAUUAUGAAAAGUAUUACAUAAUUAUGACUUAGUGUCUCAUGAGUAUGACUUUUUUGGCAGAAAUGUACUUCCCAAAGGAGAUGAGGAUAAGGUUCAGUGAACAUGGUGUAAUUUUUGUGUUUGAUUCAUUGAAACCAGCCCCUGAGAAGUAUGACCACAGAGAAAGGGUUUGAAAUUCACCUGUUCUUUAUUAUGCUGUUCUUAUUGUUACUUCACUCCCACAAAGUAUUGUUCUUAGUGGCUCUGUGUGUUUCUGCACUUGCCAAUAUGACCAACAGAGGCCGACAGAUGUUGUUGCAUGAAUGGGGUGAAGUCUGCCAUCUUGUUUUGUGGGUGUUGGAUGAAACAUGCACUUGCGUACAUUUGAGUCUCUUCACUUGUCGACAACAAUAAACAGAUUUGACUGUG